AUGCCUCCACUUCUCGAUCAGGAAUCCACCAUCAUGGCUAGCUGCUACUCCGUUGAAUCGUCCACCGCCGCGGAGCACAGUGGUAUCCCUGAGGUCCCCUCAGGGUCUAAAACAUCCAUUAUAAGUCCUCCCCUCGAGUUCCCCGCGCCCGUGGAUCGCAGCUGGUCUGGGAACAACUGGCCCGAGUAUAGAGGGGAGGCGACGCACACCAUCCCGGAAGAGUGUGAGAGGCUCUUCUGUGACAAACUGUCCACGACAUUCCUUGGUGAGAGGACUGGCGCGUGGCAGGAGUCACUGGGGAUGGGUACGUUUCAACAUAUCGAGCCAAAUCGGGUCGGAGCUGGAAACGAUCGGAUCCAGUCCUGGGUCGAAGUGUGGGACUACACUAGUGAUGCUAUCUACCGUGGAUUCGUAACGGGCCACGGCGACGAGCGGACGCUGUUUGUCUUCUUUGAAGAUGGCGUCAAGGGCCAUGGCCUCAAGUCUGGACUGAUCGCUCUUUUUGAACUUGCUGGUAUCGAUUCUUUUGACUGUACCCAGAUCGUUGCCUGUGUCAGGCGCUCACAGCACACCGACGAAAUGGAGCUGGUCCGAAGCCUUGGAUGGUGCGGAUUCAACCUCACUACCCUGGAGCCCUGGAUCGGGAUCGGUGGCCGGGGGCCAUCCCUGAGCACCAAAUGGCUUCUGUUAGUCGCUGAAACAUAG